CUGCAGUCGCUGGUAACCCGGCACAGACAGGCGCCGCUGGGCACGCAUUGCACUCUACUGACCACUGCAGCUCUGAGAAGCGUCCCGUUACUACGCUAGUUACAGGUGCAGACAGCGUACGUUAUCAGGAUGGGAGCGCUGCUGAGUUUCCUGUGGGGCGGCGGCAAGGCGACGCCCGCGCUGCCGGAGGUCCCCGACCCCGUGACGGGGCUGACGCCGCGGGAGAAGGACUUCGUCGUCACCACGUGGGGCUCUGUCAAGAAGGACAUCACCAACAAUGGCGUCCAGCUCUUCCUCAGGUUUUUCGACAAGCUGCCCUCUGCGCAAAAGAGGUUCUCCAGCUUCGCGGAUAUGCCGCGCAACGAGCUGGCCACGUCCAAGAGGCUGAAGGCGCACGCCAACAGCGUCAUGUACUCCAUAGACUCCAUCGUCUGCAACCUGGAUGACCCUGAAGUGCUGGAAGAGAUGUUACUGAAGAUCGGGAACAAUCACGGCCGGCGCAAGGUUCCAGAAGACGAGUUCAAGGUUCUGAAGGAUGUGUUGAUGCAGCUGCUGAGGGAUGCUUUGGACAUUCACAAGAGCCCCGUAGGGGAGCAGGCCUGGAGCAAGGCCAUUGACGUCAUGUACAAGGGCAUCUUCAAAGGCAUGGCAGAGACCAGAGACAAGUGAUAGCUGCGCCCUGGAAGGUGUUCGUCCUAAUAUUCUUCAGCAGCUGUCUACCAACUGGUAUCACUGUCAGACCGAUGGCAGCUCUACUGCACAUGGUGCACAUACUGUACAAAUUGAAAGCUUUAAUCUAGUGUGCUGUGUUAGAUUGUAGUCAGAAAACAGUGGCUACACUCAGCUACAUCAUCAAAGGUGAUAAAGCAGGAUAUUCAGCAUGAUUCAUUUAGAGUGCUGAAAACUCUGUCCUACGAAUUGUCGGUGUUCACACUGAAAUCAACAGGUAUUAUUUUUUUAAAAGAAAAUGUAACCAUGAUAAACAAGUAACUGGAAGGAGGAUAGCUUAUAAGAAACAAAUUGAUUCAGUUCAUUCAUUCUGUAUGUGUAGGGAAGUCUGGCGAAAAGACAUAGGCAAACAGAUAAAUAUGUGGUAAAUACAAGUCUACCAUCAUAAAAAUACAUUUGGGUAAAGGAGACCCUAGUGACACAAGAAAAUGUAUUCACAGACGCACUGAAAUUGUUUUAUUUUUAUGAUGUAAUCACAAAUGAUGAAAUAAAAAUCUUUUGAAACAAUAACAGUAAGCAUUUUGUUGUAACAAAAUUCAGUAUCUCAUAUCAGAUGGUAUUGAUGAACUGUCUGCUAUAGAUUACGCACCUAUCUAAAGUAAUCGUUUCUUUCUGUGUCUUAUACAUUUAUCUUUAAGUUUGCUAUAAUGUGUUAGGUUAUUAAUAACAUUUUCCGAAAUGUGGACUUUUUCAUAUCUUAUUUGAACAAAAAUGGAAAAGUAACCAGCUAACUUUAUAUAUUACUGUCCUCUUUCUUCUAUCUUCUUUCUGUCUAUCUCGCUGUCUAUUCUGUAUGUAUAUAAAUUGAAGUCCCCUGCUCACUUUUGUGUGGGUGUUUGGGCUAAUAUCAGAAACUACUGUAGUGAUUUCGAUUUGGUUUUCACUAAUAGGUUGACUUAUUUACUAGGAAGGUUUGUUUGUAUAAUUUAUAAAUAUUUUGUACAAAUUAGUUGAUUUAAACUGAAUUAGACUCCUGCUGCAGUGAAAACGAUGCCAUUGCCAUCUAGCAGCUAGCAGUGAAUGUCAGAAUGUAGGAGCAUUGCUCCGUGCAGCACUAUCAACCAUCACCAAAGUCAUAAGCCAGAGUGUGCGAACGCUCCUCUUACAUUGAUGUACCAGCGACGGGAGGAAUGUGUUCGGCGUGAUGUAGUCAGAGUGAUGCGACUUAAUGUAUUCAGAUAUUACUCCUAUGGUCACAUCGAAAUUAUGCAUAAGAUUGGAAAACGAAUGUUCACUGGCGAUAAAGGACCGCAGGCCUUUUACAUCCUCAUAAACACUGGUCCAUUCAUGAACUUUUUAAAGAAGUAAGCAGUCAUGGGCGAGAUCUUCUCGACACCUUAGAAAUAGAGAAUGGGAUGGGAGUCAGAAUUUCUUGCAGAUGAAUACAGAAAAUUUCGAAAAAUUGCUACAGAUGGUGUGGGGACGCAUCAAAAAACAAAAACUUUCUGCUUUCAUCAGAGUAAUGGUCCCAAUUUGCACUUAUAAUUCUCUACACACACUUAGAACAACAGGCAGUGAGUUACUUAACUUCCAAGCAUUUUAUGCAGUCACUUGAGUAUGAUUGAAUAGUGAAAAAAUAUUCGAAUCCGGAAUCUAUGACUUUUACUUUUCUCUGCAAAAAGUAAAAAAUUAUGCAAGGGAUGCUAAUUUGGUAGGUUUACAUUCAAAACGUUCUUUUUAGUAGAGAAGCAUAUGAUUCAACUUUCAGCUUUCUCCUUCCCUUCAUUCAAACCUAGAUACGCACAAGCUUCUUUGCAUUGUAAGGUGGAAAUGUAUGCCAUGACGAGCCCCUGACAAAUAAUUGCAGCAUUGAGACUCAGCAAUGAACAUUACAUACUGAGGUUUACAGGAGAAGUACUAUAACGUGCGACACAUCUAGAUUAAGUGCAUUAUUCUUGAAGGAUUAAAACAUGCUACAUGCUGUGAUGUACCAGCGUGUGCAACUGAUUAUGUUACAAAAACCGUUGAUGACAGCAUAGACCUGUCUAAAACGGUUAUACUAGUAAACAUAAUAAUAAAAAGAACUGCUAGCGAUAUUGGCUACCCUGAGUCUUGUGACGUUCAGACUGCUCCCAAACUGAAGCAAUGUUAAGCAUAUACAGAUGAGGUGUACUUUCUCUUUUUUUUAUUUCGUUUUAUUGGUAGCCUUUAAACACAAUAUUGUCCCACUAGCCUACGGUACAUGACAUGCUGCAAAUUGAUACAUAUGUCGAGUAUCACACACAUACACACACACACACACAUAUAUAUAUACACACACACACACAUACACACACCACCACCACCACCACCAUCACCACACACAUGAUCCACAUGGAACACAUUGGCUAUAAACAUAUUAAUUAAAUCAUAUAACGAGCAAACUGGCCGAACUAAGAUCAAUUAAAGACCCUGCCAAACGUAUCUGUCUGUAUAGGGAUUUUGAUACGGUUUCUAAUAACAAAUAAGAUGAUUCAAGGAGAAAAUUUGUUUAUAUAAUGUAUUACCGCUAUGUCAGACAAGUCAUCGAGCCAUUGAUACCUAGUGCUACCUGUGCACCUGUGCAAUGUUGGGGUGACUCGAUAAUGCAGUUACAUGUUUUAUAUUUCUGUUUCACUCUCUCCCUCGUCUUCGCACAGGCAUGCUCUCUCUCUCGUUCACACACACAUACAGAUACACAUAACAAAAAAAAGUCUUUUGAGCGUAUCAAAGACAUGUUCACAUGAGGAUGAGGAAUUCUAAAGACUCUUAGUAUCUCAUGGAAUCGCAGGUUUCAAGAUUUCAUUAUAACAUAUUGCAUAUCUUGUUUUUCCUUAAUAAAUUUUUCAGAUGAAAUACUAACAGAAAAUUCUGAGCCUAUCAAAGAUAUGUUCACCUAAUGACGAGGAGGUCUGAAAACAUUUAGUAGUUUGCAGAACCACAGAUUUCAUUGAAUCACAUUGUGUAUUCACAUUUAUUUUCAAUAAUUUAAAUAAUGCAGUGCAGUUUGAUAUGUAUCACAGACUUGUUGAUCUAAGAAAUGUAUGAGAUGGUAUCAUUUAGACCCAAAAUUUCAGCUUCUUAUUGUAAAUUAAAUUUUAGAUUUAUUUAGGGUGCUCCAUUUGCAAAUUUGACUUCAAAUCUCAUGUGAUAACAUACUAAAGGUUUCACAGAUCUCUCAGUAGUGAUAAACCACUAAUGAACAUUGAUAACAACAAACCUAUAUUACUCACACAAGGUGAUGAUUGGCAUCCUGAAGUUAAAUGUACAUCUCCAACAAAAUCUGGUACUUAUGACUUUGUGUCCAAUACAUCAAAUGGAACCUUGCAGCCUACCAAGGUGAAGCAGUUGCUUGUAUGACUAGUGCAUGUUACAAAAUUGGAAACAGCAUGUAUUUAAAUCUCAUUGUCCUCAUACUAGAGACAAUAUGUUACCGCAACUUGUAAUAUUGUAUGCUAUUAUGGUCUUCAAUCCAAACACUAGUUUCAUGAUGGUCUUAUUGCUCAUCUAUCUGUGCAAGUCUCUUCAUCUCUGCAUAACUUCUGAAAGCCACAGCUUUCCACCUUGAUUACUGUAGUCAACAUUUGGUCUCCCUCUACAUUAUUUACACCAAAAUAUCACUCUGUUAUCAUAUUCAUGAUUCCUUGAUACUCAGCAUGUAUCCUGUAAACUGAUCCCAUCUUUUGGUCAAGCUGAGUACAUUUCCUUUUUGACUUUGGUCUUACAUUGCAUGAAGAUGCAAUAAUGUAAUUUUCUGUCCACAAAAUUUUUAUGCUUUGUAUAGUUGACCAUUAGGAAUACAGCAUGGUACAAUUGUUCCUAUUUAUUCCCUAUUCACGUUUGUUGAGACUAUAGCACAUUUUCUUCCUUAUUGCCAGUCCUUUAUGUGUAAUAAUUUGCUUAUAAAGUGACUGUCAAUUCUUAUUGUUAGUUUAUUGGUUCCAUGUUCUGUAUGGUACACCUUAUAAAAAUGUAAAACAUGUCUCUUGCUCAGAACUGCAGUAAUGUUUUUCCAGUAUUUGUAUGGGCAGUGACACCAACAAGUUUAUUUCUGAAAUCACUUCUAUUAUCUGUUUAUAUGUUUAAUCCCUCAGAUAGAUGAUGAUAUGUUAUACUAAGCAAAGAUAAGUGAAUUUAAACAUUGAAUAAUAUCUACAAGAAAUUAUAUGAUGUAUACUACAAGUUAUUAUAUAUAGAUGCAUCAAAAUAUUAAAGACCUUAGUGCUUAUUCAUUUACUUUUUGACAUUUGCUGUUCAUUUAGAAUACCAGGCACAAAUGUAUGUACCAUCUUUAUAUUAACUACAUGCUUAUCCAUUUUAUGAUAUUUUACCAGAUUAUUUUCUUUUAUUUCUCAUUUUUUGUCUUUGUAUAUUUUCCAGUAACUUGUUUAAGAGUUUUAUCACUGACAAAACUAAAUGUUGAUUGCUUAUCAAGAUGAAAGGUCAGUUACACUUAAGAAGAACAAGAAUGUAAGUGAUAUUAAACUAGGUGAAAAUCAGAGCUUUCUUGUUUUCCAUUUUAAGAGAAGUAUUGAUACCUAAAAUUCUGAAAUAGCUGCCUUAUUAGUCUGUUUCACUAUUCUCUAGUGUUUCCUUAUCUUGUAACUUGUUAUUUUACUUCUUUUUGUGAUUCAUGGUCUUUUUGGAGUCAAAAUAUACCACAGUUUUUUGUUUAGUCCAAAAAUCUGCUUUUGUAAGUGGUGUAUGAAGAUGCAAUAAUCUAAUUUUCUGGCCACAAAAUUUUUAUGUGUUGUAUGAUGACCAUUAGGAAUACAGCAUGAUACAACUGUUCCAAUUUACUUCCUUUUGACAUUUGUUGAGACUGCAGCACAUUUUCUUCCUUACUGGAAGUCCUUGAUGUGUAAUAAUUUGCUUAUAAAGUGACUGUCAAUUCUCA